CUUCGCAGUCAGAUGUUUCGCGUUGUCGCGCGACGGCUCUCGCCGCGCUGUCGAAGUCGAGUUCCGUUUCAACGACCGGCGGUCGCGCGCGUGCUCGUAUUCCACUCUAUUCCACCGAGGUGAUACGUCACACGCACGCACACACACGAGAGCGCUUAUCUCACUCGUUGUCAGCCCGACCCGACGACCAGCUGAACGCUCCUCCUCGCUCGGAUUCUCGCGCGUAUCGUCGGCCGUCGCCUGGUGCCUGGUGAUACGUCGCACACGUUCGUCAUUCCGCGCGACCUAACCUCACCCCGUGCCGCCGCACCGUCCGUGGCCUCCCUCGGCCACGCAAGUGAACUCCGGAGUAUCGUCGCGACGGCCAAUUCCACGUGGACGCCCGCGAUGCGACUCGAGGAUCGCGCGACCUGACGACGCUCAAAGGGGACGAGAAUCCGUUGCCGCGAGACUCCUGUAAACGUCGCGCAAAACGAGCGGGGUCGGGACCCCGGACGAGGAAUCUCUGGUUUUGCGCCGAGUGGGAGAAAGUAUCACGACGCGAUAUCGCGAGCUACUUGUUGACAGUGUCCUUUUGCGAGUAACACCCUGGGCUACAUGGUAAGGAUGAACAAAAAGACCAACAGUGCGACGGCCAGAUUAAAACAGGACUAUCUGCGCCUUAAGAGAGAUCCGGUGCCAUAUGUCCUUGCGGAGCCAGUGCCUUCGAAUAUCCUGGAAUGGCAUUACGUGGUCAUAGGGCCGGAAAAGACGCCGUACGAGGGUGGCUUUUACCACGGGAAGCUCAUAUUUCCAGGGGAGUUUCCGUUCCAACCUCCUAGCAUUUACAUGACCACCCCCAACGGCCGGUUUAAAGUCAACACGAGACUAUGCCUGUCGAUAUCCGACUUCCAUCCAGACACGUGGAAUCCAGCGUGGAGCGUGUCCACCAUCCUUACCGGCUUGCUCAGCUUCAUGAUUGAGAAGAGUCCCACGCUCGGCAGUAUUAAUACAACGGAUUACGAGAAGAGGCAGCUGGCUGCUCUGAGCUUAGAAUAUAAUCUGAGGGACAAGAUGUUCUGCGAACUCUUUCCAGAAACUGUCGAGACGAUCAGAGCGGAACUGGAACGUCGGAAGGAGCUUGAGAAGCAAGCGAGGCAUCAGUCCACCGCGGCCGAGGUCUCUUCGUUGAUACGAGACCAGCUCCAGAGGGACCAGAGCCCGCUGCACAGCGCGCUGGCCAACCUCGGUGUGAUCAUUGGCUUCGCGGCGUUCGCGUACACGGUGAACUACGUGCUGAAGAGCAUAGCCAUGGAAUAAAUCCGGGAAUCGAACUGUGUGUUAUUUCGAGCUACAACGAGUACGAGUGAGCGGGAAGGACAGUUGUGUGAGACGGUUGCGUAAGUACAUUCUCAUGAAAAAGCCGGAAGAUUACAAGGAAGAAUAAGACCAUGGGCUCCUGUUUACCGCUUGCCUAUCGAUCAAUCCUUCAAGCUCGUGAGCAGACGAGCCCUUCGUUCGGUUCCACGCGGUUCUUGGAACCUUCGCCAGUAAGCUGUGGUGAUAGUUUCGUAGAUUUUUAUAUUCGAGGAUCGAUUGUAAGAUACAAGCUGUAUUAUACUCGCGAGUUCUACCGCGCUCCUAGCCGUUAACCGGGAAAAAGUAAUAAUUCGUAUCUCGCGAUUCGCAUAGCGACACGUGCGCCAAGUGACGAAACGUAUAAUCGCAGUGGCUUCCCUGCCUCUUCUCUUGUAUUGGGACUUUGCUCUCUUCUGUCGUGAUUUGUAAGUGGGGUGAAUCAAGUUUCUUCUUUGCGGUGCACUGACAUCCUUCCUUUCAAUUGAAUUUUCUACGCUUUUAUGAUGAUUGUAAUUCAAAUGCAUCCAGAGAAGUGUGUGCUUGGGUGCGUUCAGGAAUUCACGGUGUAUCAUUUUAUCCUUGUUGUUCACCGAGUGUUAAACAAGGAUAAAAUGAUAUCUAGAUACACCUGGGCGAAGUUUCUGGACGCAGCCCUUUACGAUACGUUUGUCUAGCACCUUCCUCUCCUCCCCCCCUCCCCUCCCGUUUACAGAGAAUCUCUCGGAUAGAAAUGCACAAAUUUGCGACGUGCCAAUGAGAUUAAAUCCUAAAUUGAAAAUUGCAAUUUUGGGUAAAUCAGGUUACGUGUGCUUCGCAGCUUGACUCAUGGAAUGAGUCCACUUUGUAAAUAUAUCAUUAAGGACGGCGGCGUUAUAGUGAUAUGGUAGAUAUCUCUACGCUGUUAACGUAAGAAAAAGCGAAUGUAGCUACAUUGAGCCUUCAGUGAUUAUCUCGACUUCCUCUUAAAAAUUUUGCGAUUUUAUGUUUCUCGUUUGUGCCGAUAAGUAUGGCUCGUAGUAUUUGCUUCGUAUUGAAUUUCUUCCAGUCGGAUGGCAUUUCUUCCUUUUAAUUGACACGAAAAGAAGCACGUUUACAAUUGAAGUAAAUCUCCGCUCUUCCAUGACUGAUUGUAUAAUAACGAAAGUUAAUAAUUUUGAUAAUUUAAAUGAGGAAAUAAUUUUGCGUAAUUAAAAGAGUAAACUAUAAUUGGAACAUAUUAAAAAAUGAAUAAGUUUAUAAUUCUUUUUCUUUUUUUUUUACGAUACAUCGAUAAUCUCGACCAAUAAUUCUUUCUGUCAAAUGGUAGAACAGUUGUUUAAUACAUAUGAUGUUACUUUUUAUCAGCGAAUUUACUUUGCUGUUGUAUCUUUAUUAAUUUCUACGGGCCACAGAUUUUCGAUUUUAUUAUGUAUUUCCUUCAAAAGUGAGGCAAUUUCCCAUCUCAAGCUAUGCUUAUACAAAUUCUAUCUAUCGUCGUAUGUAUAAACUUAUUGCGUGUGUAUCGUAAUUAUUAAAUAAUUACGGCGAAAAAAAUGUAAAUACCUACUAUGUUAUAAUUAUUAUUGUAAGCGUGUGGAAUAUAGUUUACUUACCUGAGA